UGUGAAGGGUCAACAGUGUGUGUGUGAGUGAGUAUGAGAAAUUGUGAGAGUUACUGUGUGUGUGUGUGAGACAGAGUGCAAUGGAUUAGUGAAUCUGCACAUAGGAAUCUGGAAGUCACUGGGGGGCCAUGCUCUGAGCUGCCCCUUGUGCCCUUAGGUUGGCACCUCUGUGUGCAGAGAGAUCUACAGAAACAACAGGAGUCCCAGCCAAGUUUCAUUUUCACCAAUGGAGACAGAUAGUGGGAACAGCAAGUGCAACAGUGAGGCGGAGGGAAGCGCCAUUAUACAAGGGGAGACGCCAGCGCGCUGUUUGCAUCCAAUAGCAGAUAACAAGGAAGCAAAUGGUACAUGUGGAACAACCUGCCCAGCUGAACACCACCCCUUUUUUGCACAGAGCUCAGAUGGGUCACCUCGGAGCAAACAGCUUUGCGCAUCUGAUAACGAAAGUGACACAGAGAGUAACAUCUCAGAUACAAGCUCAGAGCCAGGGCCGCUAGACUUUCAUCAUUGUUUUGAGGAAGAGGAAGAGGAAGAUUGGGUGGGUAAUUGUGAAUUACCCCCUAAAAUGACUGCCUUUAAUCAGGAAGUGGAAGACUGGGAUGCUGAAUUGGAACAAAGUGAAGACAAUUAUUAUGACAGGGAGGACCUGGCUGAUCUUGCCUCUGCUCAUAGUUUCUCAGUGCCGGACUCUGAAUGGCAGGAAGAUACUUCAUACAACCCCAGUGUGCACCAUGCCUCUGUAAUCGCAUGGACUUUGGUGUCUCGACAGCUAACUGAAGGACAAUUUGAUGAUGCUGAUCCCAAACAACAGAAGCACAGUUAAGUGAGGCUGAGAAUUAGAGGGCACAAGCUGAAUAAAAGCCUUGGUAAGGGUAUUUUUUUGAGGCCCAGAAGUAGAACAGUGUGAUUCUGAACAGUGGUGGUAUUGUAAAUAUAUCAAAGAGUAGAGGAGCAGCCGUUUCAUAAUCUCUGAUUUCGAGCAGUACUUUACAUUGAAAAGCAAGUUUGAGGCUAAGCAUUAGAAGGACUCGACAAGAAUGACAAGCAGGAGAGGACGAUCACAGUUUGUGCUGUGUUUCUUUAACCUUAAAGGAGAAGAAAAAGGUUGAAUCAUGGGGGGGUAAUUGGAUUGAAAUUACUUACCCGAUGCCCCAGCCAUUGUUCCUGUUAGCAAAAAGCUGCAACCGCCCGGGGUACAUGCAAGUGACCCUCUUUUUGCUUCAUUGUGAGUGAAAAGUCAAACUUAACAAAAAAAAGCUGCUUUUUUCACUCUACUGCACAUGCCUUGGCCCUGGGAUUUUGAAGAAAGGAGAAAGGAAAAAGAUGAUCUCUUGCUCACUUGUACCCCAGGCUGGUGCAGCUUUCUGCUAACGGGAGCAUUUGCCCAGGGUAUCGGGUAAGUGAUUAGAAUAAGUGGGGGUGCCUAACAUUUGGCAUUGCUCACGCAUUCAACCUUCCCUUCUGCUUUAAUCUCUAUGUUUGGUUGGUUUGCAGGGGACUGUGUAUGGAAGUAUUCACACACAUUUUUUUUAUAUUUGUAGUUGUUAAUGUAAGAGAUUUAUUAUGCCAUGUUUGUCCUGCAAAACCAGAGGAGUUUGCAACUAAAACAACAAUACAUAAAAUAAAAUAGAAACCUGUUUUGUUUUUCCAUAAAGA